AUGUUCGUCUACCGCCGUGAAGACCUACCCUCCGAGCCUGAGUUCCCUGCAGACCUGCGAAAACUAGGGUACUUCAUCAACGACAAGGACCAGAUCAGAAAGAUCUCGGAUUCCAAGCAGGAGUUCCAGUACAAAAUCAGCAAAAAUGAACGCGUCAAUGAGGUACAAAGGGAAGCGAUGAACGAGUGUAUCCGUAAGAUCGUCACUUCUCGUCUGUGCGAGCUCAACUUUGCAACCCUGCAUCUCCCUCUGGCAGCCAAGCUGACUGAGCCUCACGUCCCAAUCAUGGUGUCGUCCAAUCUCUCCACCGCAACCCGUAUCAUCGUGGUCUUCGGAGAGCCAAUCCAAGACCUAGGGAUCUGGGCCUACCGAAGCGUCGGUAAGGAUGGUGUCAACGCGGGCUCCGCCGUCUCAUUUGCUAAAGCCGUCCUUCACCCCAAAAGCAAGCAUGAGGGGACCAACGGCAACUCUGACAAAAAGGAAGGCAACACAGCCCUGAUCCUGGCAAACACAGGCCAACUGCUCUGGCACUGCGGUGCUCGUCGUCCUAUGACCCUGGCGUCCUGGAUUGCUUACCCUCGUCCCUCGGCCGUGGACCCCCAGUUGAUGAUGACCCGUAGAAACAUAAUUCCCAACAACGGUAACUGGUUCGAGCAUAUAGCUUCCGUUUUCCAGGAGAUUCUGGCCGAUCGCGGGCGCCUCGUGCGGGAGGACGCUACGAUUGAUAUCGUCGGGGUGGCUGAUGGAGGCCAGGGAGUGAUUCGCUACUUGGCUGAUCAUUGGGAGGCCUGGCGCCCAUACAUCUCGGCUAUUGCGUUGACCAACCCCUUGCACUCCAUUGAUGUCGAGCUAGCUGUUACGGAUGAAACCUCGGCCUCCUUCCUUGCCUUCGUCUCCUCCCGCUGCCGCGCGUAUGUCAUCUCCGAUGAGCCCCAGGGGUUUCUCGUUCCGGGAGCCCGUCGACAUGGCUGCAACUGUUAUUCGUCCGGUGAGAGGCAGCAUAUUGAAUGCAUUAUGCCGCGCGCUUGGGAGCAUAUACUCGAGUGGUUAAAUCUGGCACAUGCGAACCAGACCAUGUAUGAGGCCCAGCUGGAGAUGAAGGAAGUGACUGGAAGUGACUCGGACUAUUCGGAAGCGUUAUACUCUGAUGGAAGCCAGGAGUGA